UACUGCUGCCUCCCGGGUAUGGACAACCUGGGUGAGACCUUCCUCAGCCUGGAGGAUGGCCUGGACUCUUCUGACACCGCUGGUCUGCUGGCCUCCUGGGACUGGAAAAGCAGAGCCAGGCCCUUGGAGCUGGUCCAGGAGUCCCCCACUCAAAGCCUCUCCCCAGUUCCUUCUCUGGAGUCCUACUCUGAGGUCGCACUACCCUGCGGGCACAGUGGGGCCAGCACAGGAGGCAGCGAUGGCUAUGGCAGUCACGAGGCUGCGGGCUUAGUAGAGCUGGAUUACAGCAUGUUAGCUUUCCAACCUCCCUAUCUACACACUGCUGGUAGUCUCAAAGGCCAGAAAGGCAGCAAAGUCAAGAUGUCUGUCCAGCGGAGACGGAAGGCCAGCGAGAGAGAGAAACUCAGGAUGCGGACCUUAGCCGAUGCCCUCCACACGCUCCGGAAUUACCUGCCUCCUGUCUACAGCCAGAGAGGCCAACCACUCACCAAGAUCCAGACACUCAAGUACACCAUCAAGUACAUCGGGGAACUCACAGAGCUCCUCAACGGCGGCGGGAGAGAGCCCAGGCCACAGAGCGUGUGAGUUGUGCCCUCUGGAG